CAACAGUCAGGGACAGAUCUUUUUAUUUCCCCUUAGCUACAGAGGUGGCAAGAACUCUUAAGAAACUCUUAAGAAACUUGGAGAGCGAUAAUUUGGAGAAAUAACUCACUUUAACUACCUGUCUACGCCAUCAAGAACAUUUAUCCUCCCAUUUCCAAGCACAGAAAACUGUAACCAUGGCGCCCAUUUUAAUAAAUUGCAUGGGGACGGAGCAGGAGGAUUAUAUCAAACCACAGAUACAUGUGAAGAAUCCCCACUUGGACUUAAUGGAGGAAGACAUCCUGUACCAUUUCAACCUGGGGACCAAGACCCACAACCUGCCUGAGAUGUUUGGGGAUGUCAAGUUUGUAUGUGUUGGAGGAAGUGCCAAUCGCAUGAGAGCUUUUGCUAAGUUCAUGCACCAGGAGCUAGGCUUGCCUGGGGACACGGAUGAGAUUACUGAUAUCUGUGAGGGGACAGACCGCUAUUCCAUGUACAAAGUUGGGCCUGUGUUGUCUAUCAGCCAUGGCAUGGGAGUACCCUCCAUCUCCAUCAUGCUCCAUGAGCUCAUCAAGCUGCUCCAUCACGCAAGCUGCCGUGACGUCAACAUCUUCCGUAUUGGCACCUCAGGAGGAAUUGGUCUGGCCCCAGGAACAGUGGUGGUCACAGACAAAGCCGUGGACAGCUUCUUCAGGCCCCAAUUUGACCAGGUGGUCCUGGGGAAGGUGAUUGUCAGGAGCACAGAGCUGGACGCGGAUCUGGCAGAUGAGCUACUGCAGUACUCCAGGGAGAUGCCUGAUCUGCCCACCGUCAUCGGGAACACCAUGUGCACCUACGAUUUCUAUGAAGGUCAGGGUCGGCUGGACGGAGCUCUGUGCUCCUUCACCACCGAGGAGAAGCUGGAGUACCUGAGGAAAGCCUACGAUGCUGGUGUCAGGAAUAUUGAGAUGGAGUCCACUGUGUUCGCUGCCAUGUGUCGUGUAUGCAACCUUAAAGCUGCUGUGGUGUGCGUGACUCUGUUGAACCGCUUCGACGGAGACCAGAUCUCCACACCCCACGAGGUGCUGGUGGAGUACCAGCAGAGGCCCCAGUGCCUAGUCGCCCAGUUCAUCAAGAAGACUCUGGGCCUGAUCUAAAUGCCGCCCACCCAGGCCACAAGCCUGAUCUGUGUAUAUGUACAAAAGUGUUAAUAGUUAUUUAAAAGGGAUGCUGAUUAAAUAUACUGUUGGAAGGAUAUACUUAUAUACUUAUACUUCCGUGGCACUUGGAAAAGUGACUUUCAAAGUGGUACUUUAGACACUGAAUAACAAACAAUAUAUCUGUUAAAUCUAAUAAUUAGUUAUCCAUCGUUCCUUUUUUGCUCUUUGGUGUAGAGUAUGGUUGCAAUGCUUGUUGUGGAGGGUUUAAGACUCCUAUAAAUGUGUAUAGGGGCGGUGGUAGUGUAGUGUUAAGGAGCUGGG